GAGGACUGGGUCUUGUGCAGAGUAUUCCACAAAAGCAAAGCAGAAGAUCACAACACAAAAUUCAACCCAGAAUUCAUGUUUGAGACCAAAAGUAAUAACGGCACUAUGAAUUUAGCAGCAUCGCCGUUAACUGAUCAGCAAACUCAGCCUUGCGGGUACCAACAAAUGACAUCACUAUCAUCAACCCCAACCCAUCAAAACCAAGACCAACAAAGCUCUUUGCUAAACCUUCUCCAGCUAUCUCAGGACAGGAACGCCAACCCCAAUAUCACCAGUACUGACAUCAGCUCCAAAGCUGUUGAUGAUUAUGCCUUCUUAUGGGAUGACAUGAACUUGGAAGAAACUAGCUUGGGAGAUGGGGUUGUGGCUUCAAAUUUGGAAGAUAUGAGAUUUGAGAUCGACCAUAACAGUAUGCUCUCACGUGAUGAUACUUGCUCUCACGAUGACCUCCAACCUCCCAUUUCGCCUUUCCCUCAAGAUUCCGCCCCCAAAUAUGAAUUUUCCAACAAGCUUCGCUCACAGAGUAGCUUAAAUAGUGUAUGCAUUGAACCUGUAAAGUUUGUCAUGCGUGGAUUGGCAAAAUGUAUGGACUUCUUGCAAGAAAUUUCAAAAGAAGUUGAGAAAUUUUGCAUGGGUGUGUUCAAACUUCCGUGUGAUGUGAGAGGUGAGCGGGUUCUUGCUUUUCAGCAGAUACAUAUACUGGCCCGGAGGUCUUGGACCGUAAAAGCUUCUAGGUUUUUGUGGGACACAGAGUUGCGGAUUGGGGGUGAAGUCUGUCAAGCAACUGAGGCAAUCAAGCUAAAGACUAGUAAUUAA